UACAGGUUUCCAGGAGUGUCGUUAAAGAUUAGUGAGCAGAUUCAUGGAUCAGAACAGAUUCCAUCCCUUAUCAAUUACUACAUUACAAAUGCUGUGAAAAUUGUUAGGACCUUGAAUAUCAAGAGACAUUAAUAUUAACAAUAUUGAGAGAAUGAGAGUAAAGAGGUUGGCUGAGAGUGUGAAUAUAUAAAUCUGUUCAAACAAGGAUGCUCUAGAAAAGUACUCUGUUCAUGUAUCAAAAGUAUAACCCAAUGCAACAGAUACAAAAAAGUUUUGAGCAAUCUCUGUUAAGAAAUUAAGGCUGAGAUUUCUGGAGAUCAGUGAUUUUCUGAUCCAGGACAUCAAAGAGGCAUAGUGCAAGAUUAUGGAGAAAGUUGCACUUGUAGUAGACAAUGGCAGCAGUUUCUGUCGGUCAGGCUUUGCAGGUGAAGAAAAGCCAAGAAUUGUGAUGAAAACUGCAUCUCUUCCUCCUAUCUAUCAUCCUGUCUGUUCUCUCAAUGAUGAAAAAUUGCAAACUCAGCCACUAAAGCAUGGCAUUAUACUAGAUUGGCAAGCCAUGGAGAACUUAUGGAGCCAUCUCUUUUUUUGUGGGUUGCAAGUUUCCACUGAGGACCAUCCGAUAUUAACAAGUGAUUCCCCUUCCUGUCCGACCACCAACAGAGAGAAGAUGGCAGAGGUAUUUUUUGAAGGGUUUAGUGUCCCAGCUUUGUAUGUGGCCAAUACAGGGUUCCUCUCACUCUGUUACUGUGGUAGAAUUACUGGACUGGCUAUAGAAGCUGGGGCAGGGAUUUCCCAUGUUACUCCAAUAUACUCUGGACAAACAUGUAUGGAAGGUAUCUAUCGAUUGGAUGUGGCUGGAAAUGGUCUCUGCAAAUACAUGCAUAACUUGCUGCUGAACAGCUCGAACAAUCUAUAUCUUCUUAGCACCUUGAACAAAAAGAUGGUAACACAACUUAAGAAAAACUACUGCUAUGUGUCUAUGGACUACAAAAGGGAUCUCCAAGAGAAAACUUGCCACGAACCUGUGAGCAUUGAGACCCCUGAUGGGCACUUGUUAACUUUAGACAAAGAACGCUUUUGCUGCCCAGAGCCAUUGUUCAAGCCCCAUCUGCUCAACCAGAGCUCUCUAGGACUUCAUCAUUUGGUCUUCCAAAGUCUGCAGAAGGUUCCAGAUAAGUUCAAAGGAGAAGUCAUUAAUAAUAUUGUGUUGUCAGGAGGUUCUUCAUUGUUUCCUGGUUUUCCAGAGAGGAUGUGCUUGGAACUGAAUGCUUUAUUCCAUGGUAGAGAGUACUUUAUUAAAAUUCUGGCUUCCCCCAAAAGAGGUACAGCAGUUUGGCUUGGGGGUUCCUUGGCAGCCUCACUCAGUUCUUUCCAAAGCUUGUGGAUGAGAAAACAAGACUAUCAAGAGCAUGGAGCAGCAUAUGUGCACAAGAAAUUUAAGUAGGUUAAGAUAUGUUUCAAUGACAUUCAGACUAUCAUCCUAGUCAUUAGAAUAGAGCUACAGUAUAUAGCAAGACAUUAAUGGGGAAGAGAAUAAGAACACAGUUUGCUCUCUAUUUGUGACUGUAUUUUCUAUCCAACCAAAAUUUUAAUGAUUUCAGUUCUAAAUAUUAAUAUGAUCAGAGAGAAAUCUAUGGACAAAAUAACUUCUAUGCUGUCAAUAUUCAGAGAAGUAUAAUUUAUUGCAAUAUUAUUGUGUUAAUAUAUUAUGCAGUAGGUUGAAAAAGAAGUAUCCAACAAGAAACAAACUAUUAACCCCAAAGCUACCUGAAUAUAUUACUCUUUCAUAAUAGCAAGGAAAUUCCUUG